AUGACAGACGCAAAUCAAGCAGGUUUAGUUCCUCCAUCGAACUACUACUUCCUUCUAAAGACUGAGAACAUUCAACCAUUGUUGGAUAUUGUCGAUCAACUAUCCAAUGAAAUCCAGAAUAAUCAACAACUAAUUACCAAGAUUAGCCAAAUGAUCGACUACAAAUAUUUGACGUAUCCUAAACUAGAAAUCUCGGAAGAAUUAUUACAAGCAGUUCCACAGUUUCCGCAUCAUGAUGAAAAUACAGAGCAAGAAUCACGAAUCGAGGAACAGAACAAUCAUCAUGAAAUGUAUGAUAUAGACGAGGGAGAUGAAGAUGACGAAGAGGAUGAAGAAGAACAAAACGAAGAAAGGAAACACCUGCAGAUCGGAGAGCCAUAUAGUUCUUAUCCAGAUCCAUUACACUAUUUGCUAGAAAAGAAAUAUGACUUACCUCCAAUACCAGAACCAAGUUCCACUUCCAAGGAAAGAAUACAACAACUAGUACGAGAUAUAUCUCAAUUAUCAUCUAUACAUAAAGGAAAGCUAAGGAAGAAUCAAAAAUUGUUAUCAGUGAUAAACCGAUAUGAAAGAUUCAUAAUGACAGAGUUGUUGCCUAGUUUAAGAGAUCAGUUAAGUGAAUAUAAUUCGAGUUUAAAUACUAAACAAUUGAUGGAGAAUAAAUUUGAAAAUAUGAAUAAGUUAUAUUCAAGAUACUUACAGAAUGUGAAGUAUUUAUUCAGAUUAAGUGAAUUAUUAAACAAAUUGGUUAAUUUUAUUAAACUCGAUGAAGAUUUUAAUCAUGAAUUAAGUUUUCAGUUGAAUUGUAUUGAUAGUUUGAUUAACAAUUUGAAGCUAUAUACUUGA